AUGGAGCAGAUCGACUCCGUCAUGGCUUCGCCCUCCUCGCCGUUGAGCUCCGACGGCGACGACGCAAGGAACGCUAGCAAGGACCUGCCACCACCUGCUCCAACCGACACAACACUCGACGAGGCGACCGCUGUUGUACCCCUCGAUGCGCAAGGUGCUGCACCUGCACCUGUCAUCAUGCGCAAGGUGCUUCGAAAUCCGGCUGGGAAAGGUGCCAUCGUGAGGAAGAAAAGCCGCCUUGCGAUUGCAGGAGCCCCAAGUUCCCCAGAAGCUACCUCCUCCGACGUGCAUUUGUUGAAAUCCAUGGGAUUCACCAUGUCAAGUCCAUGUACUGAGAGUAGCAGCCAACAAGAAUCACAUUCUGUUAAUGACUCAGAGCCAAUACAAAUUGAUGAUGAUGAUAAUGAGAAUGUGGCUGAAGAUGUGAACUUUGGCACAAAGAGAAAGCUUACUUCUGUUGUUUGGAAGGAGUUCAAGAAGGUGAAAGUCUUGGGUGAAAUUAAAGCUCAAUGCCUUCAUUGCCACAAGCAGCUUGGAGGAAAAAGCAGGAAUGGAACGAAGCAUCUUCAUGAUCAUUUGAAGAUAUGUACAUUGAGAAGAAUCAAACUGAAGGGAGAGAACAAGACACUAGCACAGUCAGCUUUGCGGUUUAAUUCUCAAGAGGGAGGGAAAAUAUCUGUGGAAAAUUACACAUUUAAUCCAGAACUAGCUAGAAAAGAGCUUGCUGCCAUGAUUAUACUACAUGAGUAUCCUUUAUGUAUUGUUGACCAUACCGGCUUUUGGAGGUUCAUAUAUGUUCCUGCUCCACAUACAACUGAAGUUAUUUGUGAGGAGUUGUAUGAAGCUUUGGUUGAAUGGAAUAUUGAUGAGAAGAUCUCGACGGUGACUCUUGAUAAUUGCACCACAAAUGAUGCGGUAAUUCCUGAACUUGUCAAGAAGAUUGGUAAAACAAAACUCAUGUUGGAGGGGAAACUAUUACAUAUGCGUUGUGCGGCCCACAUUCUUAACUUGAUUGUGAAGGAUGGUUUAGAGGUGAUACAACCUGCAAUUGCAAAAGUUCAUGAAAGUGUAGCCUUUUGGACAGCCACACCUAAAAGAGUAGAAAAAUUUGAAGAAAUUGCUAAGUAUGUCAAAGUCCCAAUUGAACACAAGUUAGGUCUUGAUUGCAAAACUCGGUGGAAUUCUACAUACAAGAUGCUUAGUAUUGCUUUACCUUAUGUGGUGGUUUUUAACCAUGUAACACGUGUUGAGAAACUAUAUGAUUGUGCUCCAAGUAAGGAAGAAUGGACUUUUGCUAGAGAGGUGGUUGAGAGGCUCAAGAUGUUCAAUGACAUAACUGCUGUGUUUUUUGGAACUAAUUAUGUCACUGCCAAUAAUCAGCUCCUUAAAAUUUGUGAGGCCAAAAUGCAAAUUAGGCAAUGGGCUGCUUGUGCAAAUCCUAUUAUAGAAAAAAUGUCAAGUAAGAUGAUUGAUAAAUUUGAUAAAUAUUGGAAGGACAUUAAAGGACCAAGGGGAAUAGCCACUAUUCUUGAUCCUCGAUUUAAGACUGACUAUCUCCUUGGGUUUUUUGAGACCCUAUUAGUUCAGACCAAUGAAGUGUGUAUUGAGAAAGUUAAUGAAGUUAGAGACUCUCUAUGUAAUUUGAUGAAGGAGUACCAAGUAGAAGAGGAUGAGGAUAACACAGAAUCAUCAGCUCCUCCACUUGACAAUUCGAGUUUAUUAUCUACAAUCAGUGCACGUGUUGCAAGUAGAAGACCAACAAUCACAAGAGUCAAAUCUGAACUAGAUAGGUACUUGGAGGAUGAGUUGGUUCCAAUUGCAACAGAGAACUUUCAGAUUCUAGAUUGGUGGAAGGUGGCUGGGACACGUUAUCCUACAUUAAGGAAGAUAGCACGUGACAUAUUUGCUAUUCCAGUCAGCACUGUUGCAUCCAAAUCUGCAUUUAGCACUAGUGGGAGGGUUCUUAGUGAGCACCGUAGCCGCCUCACGCCAGAGAUCUUGGAGGCGCUAAUGUGUUCACAAGAUUGGAUACGCAACAAGUACAGAGAUGAUGAUAAUAAUGAUAAGCCUGAAACCUUUUGGAGUUGCCUUCAAGAGAUCCCAGAAAAGAUGGAGGUGAUGUUCAUGUUUUGUUAUAGUAGCAAAAUCUGUUCUGAGGACAAGAAGUCAUGA